CCAUUAGGUGUCACCACUGUUUGUAAACACAAAUCUUGUCUUUAUUUCAAGACAAAUUUUGUUUAUAUUUUUUUCAUUAAUUAGUUUGGUUUUGUUUGUUUUUUUGUAAUUAGCACCAUUAAGAUGCAAGUUUUGAAAACAGCUGUAGUUGCCUUGAGAGCAAAUUUAUUCAAUUCGAUGAAUUUGGUCAAUUGCAAAUUCAAUUUAUUAAGACCAUGUGUUCAACCUCUAGUCGCUGCCAUUAAUCAUCAACAGAUCCGUGGACUUAAACAUAAAGAUAUGUUAACUCUUCGAUGUCCUGAUUGUUAUUUUAAAAAAGUUGAAGACGAUUGGUAUGUUCUAUGUCCAACUUGGCCUAGGCACAAACAAAUUGAACGAAAGGUGGAUAUUAGAGAUAGGUGGCUCGUUACCCAUAGGACUCGGAGAGGGAAGCCUUUCAUGAAAAAAGAGGAAGCUUAUAUAAUCGGUACCUGUCCUCCCGGACCAUUUGACUAUAGAAUGAAAGUUGGUCAAAGAUUAAGGAUUCGUAGAAAAUAUCUUCAUCCAACUAUGGAGAUAACGCCUGCCAAGGAUUUGAGGAAAUUCAAGCCUAAUAUCGUAAUUGGAAUGACUCGCAUCCCUCCCGGUGUCACAAAUCCACCACCCAAAUGAUUAAACGUUAUUUUCAAUGUAGUUUUGAUUUAAUUUAAAUGAGAUAAUGACUUUGUAUGGAUGUGUCUGAAAAUAUCGCUAAUUUGAUUUCACCAAUUUCCAUAUUCCUUACCUCACUUUGUUACCUGAAACAAUUUAGGUUGAAUUAAAAGUGAUCUCAAACAUUAAA